AUGUCACUUGCAGACUUGUAAGCGUCCAUGUCUGUGAUCGCAUUGCUUGCUUCUCUCUCCGCCUGCCGGUCACGAUGGAAUUUGCUUGUGAUUUCGUCUAUGUGCCUCCACCAGUGGGUCCAAAGGACAGCCAGCAAGCCAAUCUCUUCAAGCGCUCAGCGCUUCUACCUCCCGUCAGCUGGGUGCGUCCCCUCGGGGCGCCCCCGCCUCCUCCUGUCGCGGUCAAGCCGGGUCACUCGCCCCCCACCAAAGUCAGCGAGCAGCCGGACGUGGGCGAGCUGCAGGAGGCGGCGGGCUCGGGUUCCCGCUUCUAUGACAAUGUUGUCUUCGAGCUCAAAUCUCCCAAGCGGUCGACACCCGCCCGAAAGACAGCUUUGCUUCCACCCCACCUGAGACCUUCGCCUUCUCCCGGCCAGCCGUCUCCUUCUGAUAAGUUUACCUACGACGACGUAGGCCCUCGGUCAUCGUCGGACACGGACGGCGCACCGGAUAUCCGAGAAGCCACCUGGCUCGAUGGUAAUGCGCCUGGCCAGACGGCACCCUCAGCCCCUCCUCUUCCUCCCCGUCCUUCCUUCAUGAAGAACAUGCCGGAGUAUGUGGUGCUUCUGCCCGCGUCCUCCUCCACUGAAAAGCCGCUCCUGUGUUCACCUCCACCCACGCCACCUCCAGCGUCCACAGACAAUGCGGGCCCUCUGCCGGGAAACCCCAACGUGAUCCUCGUCAGCUUGGGAAAGCUGCUAUCGGAGAAAGUGCAGCACACACAAAGAAAACCCACUACCUGCUCCCAGUGUGGCUCUGUGCUGGGCUCCACCUUUGACAACCAGACCAACGGCUGUUACUUCUGUGAGCCGCCUGAGCGGAGCAGCGUCCCAAGUGCCGAUUUGCAGCACGGCCUGUUCGUGCUGAGCCCCGCGGGAAACCUCCCGAGCGCUUCUCAGCCUCUGCUUAUCUUCUGCAUCGACAUCUCGGCCUCCAUGAGCAUCACCUCUCAGGUGUCGGCGGGUGAGCAGUUUAUCCACAAAUCGCGCCUGGAGUUUGUCCAGGAAGCUGUUUUAUUAUGUGUUCAGAAACUGAGCAAACAACAGCUCGAAACACCCGUGGGGCUCAUCACCUUCAACUAUGAGGUGACAGUACACGGAUACGGAGAUUUCCCAUCACGUGUCCUGAGCGGAGAUGACUUGAUGAACAGUGACAAUCUGAAAGUGGCUGCCACUGUUUUCCCCACUCCACCUCCGCUGUCACACACCAAGCACUUCCUGGAGAAGCAAGUGACAGAAUUGUCUGCCAUGGGCACCACGGCACUGGGCCCAGCAGCUCUUGUCGCCGUCACGAUGGCCUCCAGACACCCAGGCUCCAAGGUGAUCAUCUGUACAGACGGGAAGGCCAACACGACGUUAGGGAAUUUGGAGGUGGAGGACAGCGACGCACGGACCCUCCUGUCGUCCACCAUCUUCUACCAAGAACUGGGGGAAAAUGCUGCCAAUCAGGGCGUGACCGUGUCAGUGCUGUCUAUAGAGGGAACUGACUGCAGGCUGGAUGAGCUGGGACGUCUCGCUGAUCGCACGGGAGGAAAGGUGGUGAUCGCUAAUCCCAAAAUGCUACAGUCGGAGUUUGAGCAAAUUAUUGAGAACAGCACUAUCGCCACACAGUGCACCGUCACCUUGAUGCUGCCCAAAUCAAUGCGUAUGAGAGGAGAGAAAGAGGCGGGACACAAAGUAGCCAGAAAGGUGGGAAAUGUGCACCUGGAUAAAGAGAUCACCUUCCAGUUUGUGGCCAACGAGGGAGAAGUUGCAGUGUCGUCGCCAACGUCCAGCAGCACUGUGUCCGUCCAGCUGCAGCUCCGAUACAUGCAGAGGAACGGAUGGCGGAUGCUCCGAGUGUUCACCGUGACCCGAAAUGUCACUCAUGAAAGCUUGGUGGCGCUGUCCUCUCUGUCUCUGCCCAUCAUUCAGCUCAACUCCUCACAGGCCAGCGCCUCUCUGGCCGUCCGAGGCCGCUUUCUGGACGCCCGGCGGGAGAACGAGCAGCAGAUGAAGCUCAUCGAGAGAGCGAUAGAGCACAACCGCAGCGCGGAGGACAGAGAGACGUACAAGGAAUGGGUCAUCACCAUGGAGCCGAUAUACAACAACAUCUACAACUUCACAAGGAUACUUUUGAGCGGAUACUCCCUCUUUUGCUUGUUCAUCCGAGAGUCCUUCCUUCCUGUUUGGAUACUUCCUCCUACUGUACUGACUGUUGGAAAACCUCCUCCUAUGGUACUUCCUCCUUGGGUACUACUUCCUGUUGUAAAACUUCCUUCUCGGGUCCUCCCUGUUUGGAUAAUUCCUACCAAGUCUCUGACAGACACUGGCGCAGCGCUGCUGUACACCAUGAAGCAGAGCAACAGGAAGACCAUCAUGAUAAAGAAUCAGCAGAACCUUCACUUUUCACCCCAUUGGAAGCAGUCCAAAUACUGAAAGCAAAUAUACAACUGCACUGUACAGUAUGUGCAGCUCGACAACAAUGAAGGCUGAAGCACAUCGGCUGCCAUUAAGAGCAGGACAGCAGCAGACUCGGGUGACAAAGGGCUCUUAAGUCCGUGAACGGCGGCAACUCGUGGAGCGGACGCGAUACGGGAGCCACGUCACCUCGUCAGGUGUGGCGGAUGACGUCUGCUCCUGCGGCCAAUGCUUUCUCAAAAGCAGAAAAGUUGACUUCAAUGUGUAUUUUUCUCGGCCCCUUUGUAAAAUUAAACGACAAACUUUA